GUUACAUGGUCCCUGCUCGCUUAUAUUCGAUCUUCUGUGCGGUGUCUUCCGCUGUUUUUGAGGUUGUACUUUAAUAAAGAAAUAGUUUUUACUCAGUUCACACUAAAGUCAGGAAUCAACAGCGUUUCCAUACAAAGAAAGGAAACCGCAUGGUGCAGGGUCCUAUGACUGCAUCCUGCAACCCUCAAAUUAUCCAUCAUUCCCUGUGACUGACCCCGGAAAGUAUUCCGCAGCCGUCCCGCCUCUCCAGGCCGGUGUCGCACCGGUGAUGACGUAUUGGCGCUCCCGGAAGUGCUCCGCGCUGCCGAGUUUCCCCACGUGUGGAGCAGUGCUGGUGUUUGUUGUGCAUGCACGGCCGCUCUUCGGCCUGUUCCUGUGAGCCGUGUUCCCGACAUGGAGCACUUCCAGCUCAGUCUCUCUGGCCUGACCGCCAUAGCCCAGAGAAGCGGCGGAGAACUCAGCCAGUACUUCACCAAGCAGAUAUGGACUCCUCAGGACAGAGAAUCCAUUUUGAAUAUACUGACACAGUUGCUCCUUGACAAGGAAUGCACCCUGCUGAUUGGACGACAGCUUCGGCCUUUGCUUUUAAAUCUUCUGGAGAGAAAUGCGGAAUGUAUUAAAGCUGGAGGUCAGGUGAACCACGAUCUUCAUGAGAGGUUAUGUGUUGCUAUGAGCAGAUUGGUUGCCAGCCACCCUGAUGUCCUACCGUUUGCAGUUCGGUAUUUUCAAAGCACUCCACCAGUGUUUAACAGACUAUUCUUGGAGAGCUGCGAUUCCAGUACAGUUCGGUAUGGACGUAGACGAAUGAAACUACGAGACCUAAUGGAAGCAGCUUACAGAUUUCUGCAGCAAGAUGAGCUUUCCUUUAGAGAUAUGUGGGACUGGAGUGUCUGUGUGCCAUUGCUGAAAAGUCAUGAUCUUGCUGUUCGGUGGUACACUUCACAUUGUUUGGCUGUGGUUACAUGUAUGUCGGAUGAGCACAGACAGACCUUCUUGAAGAAAUUGUUUGUCACCGAUGAAUUGAUAAAUUUCAAGCUUCAAUUGCUGGAUGAGCUGCACAGCCACAAUGUAGAGGAGGGGAUUCUCUUAACCAAUACAGAAAAUUCCUUAUGGCAUAAAGAUGGAACCCAAGAAUAUACACAGGGCCAAAUUGUGUCUGCUGAUCUGUGUCCAAAUGUUGUACCUGUUUGUGGAAUAACCCUUCCCCAAAAAAAUCUGGGAAGCAAGGAUCAGGAAAUCUAUAGUCCUCAGCUUGUGUUAGUGGAGACAACUUGUAAUAGUCUCCACAGUUUGGCUCAGGCAGUCUCCUUUCAGAAUGCUGUACUUUUAGAAGGACCUAUAGGAUGUGGGAAAACUGCUCUAGUAGAGCAUUUGGCCAGGAUUACUGGGCGCUUAAAACCACCUGACUUACUGAAGGUUCAGCUUGGAGAUCAAACUGAUAGCAAGAUGUUGCUGGGGAUGUAUCGCUGCACAGAUAUACCAGGAGAGUUUGUGUGGCAGCCAGGAACUUUAACACAAGCUGUUACCAAUGGCCACUGGGUUUUGUUAGAGGAUAUUGAUUAUGCACCGCUUGAUGUGAUCUCCGUGUUAAUAUCUGUUUUGGAAAAUGGUCAGCUGCUUAUUCCUGGAAGAGGAGACUGCAUCAAAGUGUCUCCAGGUUUUCAGCUAUUUGCUACUAGAAGGUUCUUCAACAACUGCACCCUAAUAUGGACCUUGCAAUAGACAGAUUACUUGACAUCUACAUCCAACUUACAGGAGACAAGCACCAUUCUGUGCCCACUGAUAAACAGCUAAAUACGCCUGGUACUGAAGGCCUGAAAACAAUUGAAAAAAGACAAAGUCUUGAAGGCAGACAUUUAUCAUUACGAGACUUACUGAAGUGGAGCAACAGAAUUGCUUACAGUUUUGAUAGUUCCUCAGCAAGCACUGCUUUAAAUAUAUUUCAUGAGGCACUUGACUGCUUUACAGCAAUGCUUUCAUCACCUGUGGUGAGACUUAAAAUGGCAGAAGUAAUUGGUAGCAAGCUGAACAUUUCCAAGCAAAAGGCAGAAUUUUAUUGUCAACUUUAUAAACCAGAGAUUGCAGUGCGAGAAUUGGAUGUUUCCAUUGGUAGAGUUGAGAUGCUUAGAAAACAGAUGGAGAGCAUUCGUGUUCAUAGGGAAAAGUUAACCUUUGCUGCUACACGACCAUCUUCAAUUUUACUUGAACAGAUUGCAGUGUGUGUUAAUAAAGGAGAGCCACUUUUGCUUGUUGGUGAAACUGGCACAGGCAAAACAUCCACUGUUCAAUAUCUUGCUUACAUUGCAGGUCAGCGCCUUCGCAUCGUCAAUAUGAACCAGCAGAGUGAUACAGCUGAUCUUUUAGGCGGGUACAAGCCUGUGGAUAACAAACUCAUAUGGUUACCUUUGCGUGAAGGUUUUGAAGAACUUUUUACACAAACAUUCUCAAGGAAACAAAACACAGCAUUUUUGGGCCACAUUAACACCUGCUAUAAAAAGAAUAGGUGGCAGGAUCUCCUUAAGUUAAUGCAACAUGUUCUAAAAAAUGCAAUGGCUAAGCUUGAGGCUGGAGACACUGAAUUUUUGUUAAAAGAAAAAUGGGAAGCAUUUUCUCUGCGUCUUAAUCAAGCCCAACAACAAAUGAGGAUGACUGAAAAUGCUGUACUUUUUGCAUUCGUAGAGGGUACUUUAGCUCAAGCUGUAAAGAAAGGAGAGUGGAUUUUGUUGGAUGAAAUUAACUUAGCAGCUGCUGAGACACUGGAAUGCCUGUGUGGUUUACUCGAGGGCUCAUCUGGUUCCCUUGUUUUACUUGACAGAGGCGAUACAGAACCACUGAUUCGACAUCCUGACUUUCGGUUAUUUGCUUGCAUGAAUCCUGCUACAGAUGUGGGCAAAAGGAAUUUACCACCUGGAAUAAGAAAUAGGUUUACCGAACUUUAUGUGGAAGAACUAGAAAAUGAAAAUGAUUUACAAAUACUUGUCAUGGAUUAUUUGAGGGGUCUCAAUGUCAAUAAAUCUGUGGUUCAAGGAAUUAUCAGCUUUUAUUUGACAAUACGAAAGAAAUCUGUUGUAGAACUUAUGGAUGGCAACGGUCACAGACCACAUUUCAGCUUGCGUACGUUGUGCAGAGCCCUGCGGUAUGCAUCUGUAAAUCCAUGUAACAACAUCCAGCGAUCCCUUUAUGAGGGUUUUUGCCUCUCCUUCCUCACGCAACUUGACAGAGCAUCUCAUGCUAGUGUGCAGUCAUUAAUUUGUCACUACAUUGUGCCAGGGAACAUUAAAUCCUUACUGAAGCAGCCUCUUCCAGAGCCUCGUGGUGGCAAAUUUGUCCAAAUAGAAGGAUACUGGAUUCCAGUGGGAGAUAAAAAUCCCACCAUAGACGAAAGUUACGUUCUGACAUCCUCAGUCAAAUUAAAUCUUGGAGAUCUUGUGAGAGUUGUCUCUGCUGGAAACCACCCAGUGCUUAUUCAGGGAGAAACCUCUGUUGGUAAAACAAGUCUUAUUCGAUGGCUGGCAUGUGCUAGUGGUAAUCACUGUGUAAGGAUUAAUAAUCAUGAGCACACAGACAUCCAGGAGUACAUUGGUUGCUAUACUUCAGAUUCUUCAGGAAAACUUGUAUUUCAGGAAGGCAUUCUGAUUCAUGCCAUGAGAAAUGGUUACUGGAUUAUACUGGAUGAGUUAAACCUGGCACCCACAGAUGUACUUGAAGCCCUCAACAGAUUGCUGGAUGAUAACAGAGAGCUAUUUAUUACUGAAACUCAGGAAGUAGUUAAAGCACAUCCAAGGUUCAUGCUUUUCGCAACUCAGAAUCCACCAGGCAUUUAUGGAGGAAGAAAGAUAUUAUCAAGAGCUUUUCGAAACAGGUUUGUGGAGCUGCAUUAUGAUGAACUACCAAGUCCUGAACUGGAAACCAUAUUGCACAAACGCUGCAGCCUUCCUCCCUCUUAUUGUACUAAGUUGGUUGCAGUGAUGUUAGAACUACAGUCCCAUAGAAGAGGGUCCUCUGUAUUUGCUGGAAAGCAUGGAUUUAUCACUCUUCGAGAUCUCUUCAGAUGGGCUGAAAGAUACCGAUUAUCAGAACAGACAGAAAAAAAUUAUGACUGGCUUCAGCACUUGGCAAAUGAUGGCUUCUUGCUGCUAGCUGGGAGAGUAAGAAAACAGGAGGAAGAAAAUGUAAUCUUAGGAGUCUUAAAAAAGUGCUUCAAGAAAGAAGUGGUACCAGAGAUCCUUUUCUCCAGAGAAAAUAUGCAAAAGCAAGUGGAAAGAUUAUCUGCUAUAAGUAGCGGAAAGAAUCAGAAUUUUUCACAUGUUGUAUGGACUUAUGGAAUGAGAAGGCUUGCUGUUCUUGUUGGUCGAGCAUUGGAAUUUGGGGAGCCUGCUUUGCUUGUAGGGGAUACAGGAUGUGGAAAAACCACCAUUUGCCAGAUGUUUGCAGCUCUACGAAACCAGAAGUUAUUCUCUGUUAACUGUCAUCAACACAUGGAAACCUCAGAUUUUUUGGGAGGGCUGCGACCGGUCAGACACAGUUCUAAGGACAAACACGAAGAUGAUGAUGACGACGACAGUUCAAAACUGUUUGAGUGGCAUGAUGGUCCAUUAGUGUUGGCUAUGAGAGAAGAUGGAUUUUUCUUGUUGGAUGAAAUCUCAUUAGCAGAUGAUUCAGUUUUGGAGAGAUUAAACAGCGUUUUAGAAGUGGAAAAGAUCCUGGUGUUGGCUGAAAAGGGAAGCAGACAAGAUGAUAAUGAAGUGGAACUUUUAACAGCUGGAACAAAGUUCAGAAUUUUGGCUACUAUGAACCCUGGUGGAGACUUUGGAAAAAAAGAGCUUUCACCUGCCCUUCGCAACAGGUUUACAGAGAUUUGGUGCCCCCAAAGUAAUGAUCGACAUGACCUUGUAGAAAUCAUUAAGCACAAUCUGAACCCAGAAAUGUCUUUCAACUUCUCCAAUGACAAUGGUGCUGUUGUAGCAGAUAUGAUCAUGGAUUUUAUUGAAUGGUUGAAAAACCAAGAAUUUGGACGUCAGUGCAUUCUUAGCAUUCGAGACAUUCUUUCCUGGGUGAAUUUCAUGAAUGUUUCAGUAAAAAAUGACUUGGAGGCACAGUAUGAAGGAACUAACCUCAGUACCAUUGCAGCUUUAAUACAUGCUGCCUGUCUUGUGUACAUCGAUGGCUUAGGAUCAGGCACUACUUUUUGCUCUCCUGCAUCUGCUCUAUCUGCCAGACAAAAAUGUAUGCAUUUUUUACGUUGGAAGCUCUCUGCUGCUGUCCAGAUUACUGAAGACGAACAGUUAAACCUAGAGAUGUAUGAGAGAACCAUACAACGAAAGAUAAAUUUAUCUAAAAACAUGUUUGGAAUUCAUCCCUUCUAUAUAACUAGAGGUCCUGUAUUUAAUGAAGAAUCUAUGACCGAUUAUGCACUUGAUUCAGAAACCACUUCAAUGAAUGCACAGAGGCUACUGCGAGCAAUGCAACUUAACAAACCAAUUUUAUUAGAGGGCUCCCCAGGUGUUGGCAAGACCAGUCUUGUCACAGCCUUAGCUAAAGCUUCUGGAAAUCAUCUGGUUCGGAUUAACCUUUCUGAGCAAACGGAUGUAACAGAUUUAUUUGGCACUGACCUUCCUAUUGAAGGAGGUAAAGGUGGCGAAUUUGCAUGGCGUGAUGGACCACUGCUGUCUGCUUUAAAGGCAGGUCAUUGGAUUGUACUGGAUGAAUUGAACCUGGCAUCUCAGUCUGUGCUAGAAGGGCUCAAUGCUUGCUUUGACCAUCGUGCUGAGAUAUACAUUCCAGAACUUGGCAUGAGCUUUCAAGUGCAACAUGAAAAAACAAAGAUCUUCGGUUGCCAGAACCCCUUCCGUCAAGGAGGUGGUCGAAAAGGACUUCCACGAUCCUUUUUAAACAGGUUUACACAGGUAUUUGUGGAUCAACUAACGCCAUCUGAUAUGCAGUUCAUAGCAAACUCUCUCUUUCCUACCUUGGGUGAAGAGGUCAUUAAUAAAAUGGUUGCGUUCAAUAACCAGGUUGACUUGGAAGUUAUGACUGAAAGAAAAUGGGGCCAGAAAGGAGGACCAUGGGAGUUCAAUUUGAGGGAUCUGUUUCGGUGGUGUCACCUUAUGUUGCACGAUCAGUCACCUGGAAGUUAUGAUCCAUCCCAGCAUGUCUUUUUGGUAUAUGGGGAGCGAAUGAGAUCUAAAGAGGAUAGACAAAAGCUCAUCUCAGUUUAUGAGAAGGUGUUUGGGGAAGGAAACACCCCUUACUUGGGAACACGGCAUUUUCACAUCAAUCCACAAAAUGUACAGGUUGGCUUUUCAAUUCUCCCUCGUGGCACUAGUUGUUCCUCAACUACUACAAACAAACACUUGUCCCUUCUUUACCACUCUCUUCAGUCCCUUGAACCAGUAAUGAAAUGUGUAGAAAUGGGCUGGAUGGUUAUCCUUGUUGGGCCUGCUGCUGUUGGGAAGACAAGCCUCAUUCAGCUCUUAGCCCAUUUGACAGGGAACAAGCUGAAUGUUAUGACAAUGAACAGUGCUAUGGACACUACAGAGCUUCUUGGUGGAUUUGAACAGGCUGAUAUCAACAGACCUUGGCAGCAGCUCCUUGAGCAGGUAUGGAAUGCAUUGGUAACGUUGGUAAGGAACGGUCUUAUUGCUACUGAAAUAUCUCCAGAUGACACUGAAAUUUUGUUGCGAACUUGGAGCAACUUAAAUCUUACCCACAAACCCAAAUCUAUGUUGGAUGGAGGACAUGGCAUUUAUACGGAUGUACUGAACAAAAUAGAGGCCAUCCUUGUGCAAAUCCAGAGACUGAAUGGAAAGCUGAACUCCUUCUCAAAAGCAGAAUUUGCUGCCAUUUUAGAAAGUUUACGCAAUUUCAAGGACCAGCUCCUUCAUUCUGUAGAGGGACAGACCAGUGGGACAUUUGAAUGGGUUGAUGGUAUGCUGGUGCAGUCUUUGCGUUCAGGAGACUGGCUUCUAAUGGAUAAUGUCAACUUUUGUAGUUCCUCUGUGCUAGAUCGUCUCAAUGCAUUACUAGAACCAGGGGGAGUUCUCACGAUCAGCGAGCGAGGAGUCAUUGAUGGAACCACUCCCACAAUAAUGCCCCAUCCAAACUUCAGACUGUUCAUGACAAUGGAUCCUUCUCAUGGGGAAAUCUCCAGAGCUAUGAGGAAUCGUGGUGUUGAAGUAUACAUCUCUGAAAGCAGUGAUGACAUUCAUUUGGAUUCUUACGAUGUUAAGACAUUAUUGAACAGCCUGGGUGUGAUUGGAGAUAAUUUAUGCAAUGCUUUGAUAAAAGUGCACAGAGAGAUCAAGGAGAUGGUAAUUGGUUCUCCAUGCAGUUCUCUCUCUUACUUACUUCAUGCUGGUGUUCUGACAUCCCAGCAGCUACAAAGAGGAAUCAACCUUGAACUAGCUUUCCAAAAGGCCUGUACUGAAUCAUUUGUUUACGCACAAACUACAGUUGAAGUCCAAAAGCAAGUGCAAGAUAUUAUUCAAAGUCAGGUGUGUGCUCUCAAAUCCUCAAAUAAAGGUUGCUUGUUAUCUAUUGGAUUGUGGCCUGAUAAAGUGCCUGAUGCGAUCCUUUCUGCUGAGGACUCUAUCUUAUCUACUAUUUUGAGAGAUGGACAAGUCUUGCUUUACAUUCUGAACAGACAUUGCCUAAAAAAAAACAGAAAAAAUCCACUGGUUAUACAAGACCUUGAAUUGAUUGCAAAAUCAUCCAAUACAGAUAAUCUAAAUUUUAAUGCAUUUGAAAUGGAAGGUGUUUGGAUGGAUGACCCUUUAGUUAUUCAACAUUCUGUCCAAUUGGUCAUUGAGAAAUCAACUUCAUUAGACUGGAUACUGAGGAUGCGCUGGCUAUGCCAUUUAUCAAAAAAAAUUCCACCUGAACUGGAUCAUGUACGGACAGAGAUUGAUGCUGGAGCACAAGCUUUGAGUAGGUUCUACUCAAGUCCACUGUCUAAAGAAAUGAGUAGUGUUAUGAAACUCCUCUGUACUACAAGAUUAGGUGACAAUUAUGCCCUUGAUCCUCGCUGGAAUAUACAGUUGUUGGAAAUUAUGAAACAUUCCCUCACACUUGAUACUGGCAUGGAACCAGAUAUGGAAAUUUUUAGCCAGUUAGAUAGUGUAAUAAACAGGGCAAUUCUACUAAUCAACCGACAAAAACAAUCUUUUGCUGAGGCACAUGUGUCCAGAAAGCCAAAAAGACUUAGUGCUUGGAAAAUUGCUGUUGAAUUUCACAAAGAUCCAGCAGUCCAUCAGGACCUUCCUCAUCCAGUGAUUGCCCACCUUGCUGCAUUUUUUGAUCUUUGGGACAUGCUUGUUUGUGAAUACCUUGAGUCUAGCCUUUCUCCAUUGACAGAUGAAGCAACUAGUAAGGUUUUCUCUUGCCUCAGAUGGCGUGAUAGGUUUAGGUUGAUGUCUGAAAAUGUUGGCUUAGAACACAAUGAGCUAGCCUUGCUAACACUUCACUGGAACUGGGUUGCAAAGCAUUCGGUAAAACAGAUUUCCGAAAUCUUCCUUGGAAAUGAGCUUAACAGGCUUUUUGAAGAAGUCCAAUCCAUAUCUGUGAAUAUUCAGGAGUGUCUCUCUGAAUCCUCUUCUCAGUCACCUGCCAGCAUAAAAUUGUUACAGAAAGUUCUUGGUAGACCAUUACCAUUUAAGGAUGAUUCUGUGGUACAGUGUGUGCAGAAGUUAAAAACCCUGAGUUCUGCACUUAGUGUAACAGACCUGAGGCCAGUUAAACAAGACAGCACAUGGCAACUGGAGAUCUGCAAGUUAAAAUCGGCUUGCUCCGCUUGGGAAACAAAGUUCAACUUGAUGCAAGCUUGGUCCUCUGUUCUUCAAGCGAAUCAUCAAGAAGACAUGAAUGCUGACAAUCUAAUUGAGUCCGUGGAAUUGCUGAAAUCACAUUUGAAGAAACAAGGUAUUCUUUUUGGUCUUGGAGACAACAGUCAAGAAGAGCGUGUGUCCCCACCACUAAACCAAGAAAGUUUGGCAAAGCUUUCAUGUCGUGUUCAAAUGUGGCCUGCAAUGGAGUACAUCAUGCUUUUGUGGCAGUACAAAAUGAUUACUGACCUGUUGUCCCAUUCCUACUAUGUUAGAAAGAACAUACAGUCAGACCUAAACCAAUUGGUUUCGUUUUGCUUGGAACAUACCCCAGUAUCUGUAGAACACCUUCGAGCCUUCUCCUUCCUCAGCCAGCAGCCUGAGGUAAACUCUGGUGAUGUUGCAUUAUUAUGGUCAGAGUUGAUCAGCGGUGUGUUGUCGUCAUUUUGGAAUAGUACUGUAACAACUGACCCAGAUUAUUGGUCAUCCUGGAAAGUGCACAUCUACCCAGAUGAAGCCAAUGCUCCCCAAGCCCUAAUGGAACUCUCAAUGAAGGGUCCUGGUAUUUUAAACCGUGCUGUGUUGUCAAAAUGCUUCUGUGAAGUUCUGACAGCCAGCAAGGCAUUGACAUGGGAUGGGAAUGGACUUCCAGCCCUUCUGUCUUCACGUGUAAGCCUUGGAGAGGGAGUUGAGAGACUUCAGCAACUGCAUGAAAUCAGUUCCACUCUUUGGACAAAUAUGGCAGUUUCCUCCUUGGCAAGCUUUAGAAACACAGAUUCCAGACUUCAGGGUCUUCUGUUAUAUCAUCAUUUUGUUGCUUUGAAAGACCUUGUACCAGAAAGUCUACAAGAGGAAUUUUUGCAGUAUUGUGACCACCUUCCAAUGAAGGAUCUGUCUGCAUUUCACUAUAUCCACGAUAUCUUGAGAGACUGGUCUAAUGAGGAGAGGUUGCCUGGAAACAUUGUAAAGCUUUGGUUGACUUGCUUACAGCAGUUUUAUGCAGAUGUUGAUGAUUCAGUUCAGGCCUCUGAAGCAGCUCAUCGUGGUUCUCUGUGGAUUAAUUUGGGCUUACUGCAGAUUCACCUUUGGUUGCCACAAACUACCUUUGACCCAGCAGUAAAAAGAAAAUACAAAUUGCAGUAUGCAGAAGAGGAGCUGCAUGAAUUGGAGCUUGAAUGGAAGACGCGCAAUUUGUCAUGUAGCCUGCUUACAGGAAAAGAGCUUAAUGACGAUGCACUGCAAAAACACAUUCACCCUCAUAUAAGAGCUCUGCUGCAAAGAAUUCAGAAGCUUAAAGCAAUUGUAUAUAAUCUUUCCAAAAAGCAGGCUUACCGCCCAACAAAUCCAACGUAUGCCACCUUGUACCAGGAUGUUCACAGCUACCUCAAUAGCAUUGGAAAGAUGUCUGCCAUCCAGGAUUUCUCUACACGUCUACAAAAAGCCCUCAGUGGAAAGGGUACGAAGUCACGGCAGGGUAUACUCAACCUACUGGCUGAAGAGGUCACAUGGCAGCGAUCACAACACCAAUUCAGAAAACGUCUUUCUGAGGAGUAUUCCCUAUAUCCAGAUAUGGUAACUCCCCUUCAAGCUGCUAUUUUGCAGAUGCAGCAUGGAAUGAGAGUAAUAGCCUCUGAGCUAUAUGUCAUUAUGAACAGCACUUUAAUUUCUCCAUCCAAGAUAACAAAUCUGAUUGCCUCACAUCUCGCUUUUCCAUCCACAUCGGAAGCCUUUCCAACGUACUUUUCACAUGCUGACAGUUUGUGUUCAAUUGGUUCCCUUGACAUUCUCAAGAACCUUAAAAAACUUUCCCAAAAAUAUCCCUGCAAAGACCAACCAAAGACGGAUUUAAGUUGUUGCCUAACAAAAGAAAAAUUGCUUGUCAAUGGGCUUCUCUAUCUGCGCUGUCAUAUACUCUCAAAGGGGGAAAUGGAUCAAAAGUCUCUGAAACUUUUCAGGCACAUAUGUCAGGCUAUUAUCAAUGAGUGGGAUGAGCAAGAGCAGAGUGCAAAAGAGCAGGAAGAACAAGAAAGCAGCCUCUAUAAAUACAAGAGCAAAAGUCUUGGCUCUGGAGUUAAAGAAGAUGAAGAGGAGGAGAGAGAAUUCCGCAUGCGAUUUCCAGUUUAUGAUCAGGAUUUUGCUGACCUAACUGAACAAUUUAGUCUCGAUGAGCUUAUGGAGACACAAGACAGUAAAAGUCAAGUAGAUGAUCAGUCUAUGCUACUGUCUCAAAGUUCAAUGCAGACUGUCAUGCUCAUUCAUCAGCAGCUCUGUCUAAGUGUUGCUAGAUCUCUUUGGUAUAACCAGAAGCCAGCACAGCAUCUAACUAGAGAUUUCUUGAGUCUGUUUCUAUCUUGUUACCAGACCAGUGCUGCCCUCAUUGAAUCUCUUUACCCGCUCAUAGGUGCUGACUUAAAUGAUCAACUUUUCGGCAGCCAUUUGCUGGCUAGCACUCUCCUGCAGAACACAAUAUUAGGGAACAGUACCUCAGACCUUAAAGUACAGCAUGAAGGCCCUUAUGACUUCUAUCAGCACCCUAACAUCCAGCAGGCGAGGCAGAGCCAGUGUGUAUUGACUCGCUUUAGCGAAGAGGUGAACAAGUUGCUGGGAGACUGGCCAGAUCAUCCUGCUUUGGUUCAGCUUGUGACGAUCAUUGAUAGAAUUCAAGGAUUUCCUCUCUCCAGCCCUAUUUGCAAAUUUUUAAAUGGUCUGGAAAUACUUUUGGCAAAAUCUCAAGACUGGGAAGAAAACGCUAACCGGGAUUUGUCUUUGCGAAAGAACCUUGAUGAAAUUAGACAACUUAUUUUCCAGUGGCGUAAACUUGAACUAAACUGCUGGUCUUUGAGUCUUGACAAUGCUAUGGAAAGACAUGCUGAAAAAUCCCGAAGGCACUGGUAUACUAUUUAUCAGUUGAUUGAAGAUUACCUUCAAGUGGAACAUGAGCAAGAGAACGAUCAAGAGCAGUCAUUGCAGUCUGUUACAAAGACAUUACAAGCAUUUAUUGAAGGAUCCACUUUGGGAGAAUUCGCCUCUCGUCUCCAUAUGAUGAUUGUUUUUCACUGCCAUGUACUGCUUGUGCCACAAGCAUCCAGGAAAGAUUCCUUAUGCAAUCUACUCUGGAAUCUUUACCAUUAUUACAAACAAUUUUUGCCUUCCGUUGAAGCAAGAAUCAGUGAAUUGCGUAAGCCUGUGGAAAAAGAGCUGGAGGAUUUUGUGAAAAUAUCCAAGUGGAAUGAUUGCAGUUUUUGGUCUGUAAAACAGUCUGUGGAAAAGACACAUCGAACACUUUUUAAAUUUAUUAAGAAAUUUGAAACAACUCUGAAUGAAGGCUCCUCUUCAGCAUUAGUAGAAAGUGUCCAAGAUGAUCGGCUGGAUUUCGCUGACACUGCAGUAGACUUGAAAGUCAAAAGAAAUGCUUUGCAACAGCUCACUUCUGUAUUGAAUACUGCCUUAUCUGGAGCAAGCAGUGUACCACUAAACUGUGGAGAGGAUAUUUAUUCCACUGCAUCGCUUCAAUGCCGCCUUCCAAAGCUGACUAAAAAAAUGAAACAUUUGUGCAGUUCAUUCAUAAUGAAGAGCUUAAUCCCAUCCUUGUUUGAAAACCUCAAUACAUUUACAGAGGGGAUUAUAGAAUCUGUGCAAGAGCUUCAAAAUCUUACUGUAGACCAGAGUGCAGAAAAGGAAAAGCAGAAAUCGGAGGCCAAACAUAUAUUGAUGCAAAAACAAAGGGCACUUGCAGAGCUUUUCAAAAUGUUAUCUGUAACAGGCUUGUCAUAUCGCCGGGGAAUUGCAUGGAUGCGUACAAAGAACAAUCAGGAUAUGCUUUGCCUCUAUCCUUUGGACCUACACAGUGCACUUGCUGUCUCAAAUAGUACCCAGGAGACCAAUUCUGAACUGCUUUCAGAAAUCACCACAACUUGGGAUGGUUGUCAGAAGUAUUUCUACAGAUCACUUGCUCGUAAUGCUAGACUGGAGGCUGCACUGUUAAAUCCUGUCAAGGAGCUUGGCUUAGGGAAUAUUGAGAGAUGCAAGGGUUUCUCCAGCCAUCUUUUAAAGAUCCUCAUGAGACAGAGACGUUCCCUUUCUACUGUUACAGAGCAGUGGAUUACUCUCCGAAAUUUGUUGAGAUGUAUGCAGGAAAUCCGCUGUCAACUGGAGUGGUCUAAUGAGUACAAGAUUGCGUUCCCACCACAAGAAGGGCUGAAGCAGUGGCUUGAUAGGUUGCAGAAGCUUUCAAUGCAGUGCAACAUUGUGCUUGAACAACUAUCCUGGUUACUGGAAUGCUGUCCUGUAGAUAAUAAGGAAAGGCAAAAUAACACUAGUGAAGAAGCCAAGCCUUGGACAACAGCACUGAAUGUUCCUUCUCCAGCCGCUGCAGAUGGACUGCCAAAACUAUUUACUGUCCGCAGACAAGAUGGUGAAUGGCAGCAGCUGAAUAAGACAGUAACGAAGAUGAUAACAGAUAUUAAGGCCACAAAAACAAACAUGGAUGCCAUUCGACUGCAGUCUUGCAAGCCUCUUUUUUAUUCUUGGAAAAACUAUGAGGCUUGCACUUCAGCACUAGAUACCAUGCAGCAGGUAGCUCUUGACUUAAGAGAGGUAGAAUUGCUGUUUGUUCUCCCUGAGACAGAAGUAAAAGAGGCUGCACAACACAUGCCUUUUUUGAAGAGCAUUCACUACAUCAGAGAAGAAAUUCGUGUAGCAGUCAGAGAAUUCUCUUUAUGGAAAUCACGUCUUCAGGCAAUUGGAAGAGCAAAGAGGAGCCAAGAGUCAGAUGAAAAAUAUGUAAGAGAUUUCUCAGACCACGUGGAAGCUGCCAUCAAGAGCAUUUUAUAUGCCAUCCAAAAACUUGUGGAAAAGAGUGAGCAGAAAAAAUCAGAUGAAGAAGAUGAACAUCAUGAAGGGGACAGUCUUCAAGAAGGCCUCAUUGCUAAAUUGCUGACUGAAGAUCUCUUCCAUGAUUUGAAGGCUUUGGAUGUGCAGACCACAGUAUCUGCGGUUUCUGAGCUGCUUGAAAGGCUUAAAACCUAUGGCGAGGACUGCAUAAAGGAUAAGCACACGUUUUUUAACCAGUGCUGUGGCCUGCUUGUCCGACUUCUACCGAUGCUGUCUUCAUAUUCCGACCUUCUCCUCUUUUACCUCACUGUAUCUUUGACAACACACAGGGCUACAGGCAAACUACUUUCAGUCUUGACCUAUAUAUUUACAGAACUUGCUCAGAAGGGAUUUUGCCUUCCAAAAGAACUGAUUGAGGAUUCUUCUGGUGAGGGAGCUACAGAGUUCCAUGAUUAUGAAGGAGGUGGUAUAGGGGAAGGAGAAGGCAUGAAGGAUGUGAGUGAUAAAAUUGAAAAUGAAGACCAGGUUGAAGACACCUUGAAAAAGGGUCAAGAAAAAGACAAGGAUAAUGCUGAGGACAAGCCCGAUGUAAAAGAAGAAGAUAAUGCUAUUGAAAUGUCUGACGAUUUUGAUGGGAAGAUGCAUGAUGGAGACCAAGAAAAGCAAGAAGAUGAAGAUGACAAAUCCACCAGUGAAGAAGAGGAUCUUGAUAAACAAAUGGGAGAUCUUGGUGAUGCUGAUGCAGACAAACUUGAUGAACGUCUUUGGGGAGAUGAUGAUGAUAACGAUGAUGAUGAUGAUAGCAACAGUGAUAAAGCAGAAGAGACUGGACCUGGGAUGGAUAUGGGUGACUCAGAGCUGGUUGCCAAGGAUGACAACCAGAAUGAUGGAGACCAGGGUAAAGAUAAGAAGCAGGACCCAAAAGAUCAGACUGAAGGGGAACAAGGGGAAGAAAAUCUCAAAGACAAAAUUCAUGAGCAAAUCGAUGAGCGUGAAUAUGAUGAGAACGAGACUGACCCUUAUCAUGGUAAACAAGACACUAAUGAAGAACCAGAAGCCCUUGAACUUCCUGAUGAUCUAAAUCUAGAAGCUGAUGAGGGUAAAGCGAGUGGAGAUGAAAAAGAUGAGGAAAGCGGAGAAGAACAAAUUCCUUUUGACAUAGAAGAGAAGCCAGAAGAUGUAAAGGAGGAAAGCAAAGGGCAGGAAGAGAAUGAUGAGGAAAAACAAGAUGCAGAGGCUCAGGAAAUGAAUGAACCAGACAAAGCAGAAAAUGACAAUGACCAGCAAAAGGAAGAAACAGGGCCAAAAGAAGAAGAAGAGUCUGCACACGAGGAGGCUGGGGAGAAUACAACAGAGCCUGUAAAAGAGGAGGAGCAGGAAAAACAGGAACCAGAAAAAGAGGAGGAAAAUGUAUUGCCAGCAGACAGUGGGCUCCUGCCACAGAAUGAUGAAGACGAAAAAAUUGGUGAAGAUGAAGAAGUCCCUGACUCUGCUCAGAGAAUGGAACAUGAGGCAUGUGGGCAAACUGCAGAGGACAACUUACAGAGUGACAGUGCCGCUGAACUGGCUGGAGCAGCUUCAGAAAAGGAAGAUGCCAAAGAGGAUCAUGGUGCAGGAUCUGCUGAUGCAAGUCAGUCUGAAGGGCAUGAUUCAAAACUGAUGGCACGUAUGGCCCUAGAAAAACUCACUGCUCGUCCUACACAGAGUAUCAAGCGUAAACCUGGGCAGUCGAAUGAUGAUCGCACUUUGGGGGAUUACACUGAACAAGUCCAAAAAAGGCUCAAGACCAUGGAAUCCAGCAGUGAAAUGGAAGAAAGCGACAAGCAAACUAAACACCAAGCACAAGAAGCUGAUGCAUAUGAACACAUCAAGGAAGGAGCUGAGUCUUACGAUGCUCAAACAUAUGAUACAGCUAGUAAAGAGCAAGAGAAAUCCAUACAACCCCAAAAGGAGGAACAAAAUGACAGUGCUGCACAUGAGGAUGUGGAAAUGGAGACACAGGAAGAGGAGUGCCUGGAAUCAAUCAGUGUUGAACAGCUAAGGCCAGAGGAACCAAAGUCAAGAGAGUCUAUGGCACAAGGGCCCAUGGAAUCUGAUCUAGAGGUGCCAGGUGUAACCACUGAGGAUGAGGUACAAAUUAGAGAUUCUGAACCCACAAAUGCAGACUUGGAGAAACCUGAAAGAAACAGAGAUUCAACCAUACAUACUGUCUGGGAUCUUUUAAGAGUGGAACCUGUACAGCAGUCUCCUCAAAAUCUUGACGAUCUUAGAAAAGAACUUGAAAAGCAACUUGAAGCAUGGUAUACACAUGGUGAUGUUGAAGAGGAGAAGACAGCAGCUGAAAUGUGGCAGAGUUACCUCCUUCUCACCGCUCCCCUAUCCCAGCAAUUAUGUGAACAAUUGCGGCUCAUACUAGAGCCUACAAAAGCAUCAAAGCUCAAGGGGGAUUACAGAACUGGAAAAAGACUGAAUAUGCGAAAAGUGAUACCAUACAUAGCCAGUCAGUUCAGAAAAGACAAAAUCUGGCUGCGCAGAACAAAGCCCAGCAAAAGGGAAUACCAGAUCUGUUUAGCUAUCGAUGAUUCUUCCAGUAUGGUCGACAACCACUCCAAACAGCUUGCAUAUGAGUCCCUGGCAGUGAUAGGAAAUGCACUGACACUUCUGGAAGUUGGACAAAUUGCUGUGUACAGUUUUGGAGAAAAUGUUAAGCUCUUACAUCCCUUCCAUGAACAAUUUAGUGAGCAGUCUGGCUCCAGAAUACUAAGUCAAUGCAAGUUUCAACAGAAGAAAACCCUACUGGCCCAGUUUUUAGAAUCUUGUGUGAUUAUGUUUGCUGCAGCACAACAAAUGCCUCAAAGCAGUAAUCUAGAAACCGCCCAACUACUUAUCAUAGUCUCCGAUGGAAGAGGAUUGUUUGUAGAGGGGAAAGACCGUGUAACAAGGGCAGUAAAGGCAGCCCGCAAUGCUAACAUAUUUAUUAUUUUCAUUAUUUUGGACAACCCAACUUCCAAGGAUUCCAUCUUGGACAUUAAAGUGCCAAUUUUUACUGACCCCAAAGAGAUGCCAAAAAUGAUAUCUUACAUGGAACAAUUUCCAUUUCCAUUCUACAUCAUCCUUCGAGAUGUGAACACUCUUCCAGAAACCCUUAGUGAUGCCCUCAGGCAGUGGUUUGAGCUGGUGACUACCUCAGAACAUGUGUAAACCAUGUAUGGAAACAUGCACAACAGUCUGCGCACACAGCAGCAGAAUGGAGAGAUUAUUUGGGAAGAGUCAUGGAACUGUGCACAGCGAAAUAGAAUGAACAGCAUGUCCUGCAGCUCAGGUCAAGUCAUUUCAAUGAUGCAGGAAGCUAUGCAAUGUACCUUUUUAAGUAGAAAAUGGCAUCCUCUCAAAAGGUACCCAUCAGCCAUUCUUGUGUACAACUUAAACCAGUUCAUUGUAAAACCAAGCACACUGCUUCUAGCGCUGCACAGCAAGUGGACAUAUGGAAGGAAAGAUUGUAACGUACAAUAUGUAGAAAUGUAGGACAUGUUUGUAUUUUUCCCAAGUAAAACAAAACAAAAUCCAAGGUUUUAUUUUUGUAAUAAACCAAAGUUCCCUUAAAACUGUUAAAUCCGAAAAUCUAAACAUUUCUAUUCUUGUUGUGGUCUAACUUGUUUUCCAUACUCCAUAUUGUGUUGUAAAUCACAACAUUAUACUGUGAAGCCUGCACAUUUUGUACUAUAUUGUUAGGACAUACACGUUAUUUGUCAGUCGUGUCUAUGGCCUUAUUUUUUUUUUUUUAUUUGUUACCCCCAUAGCUAUGCAGUCUAAUAAAGAUCAUUCGUAACUGUAUCAUUCUGGUUUAUGAAAUGAAUAGUACAGUUUUAAAAUAUGCAUUCUGAGUUGGUCUAAGGCACAAAGGGUUGGCUUUGAAACAAGCAUUCAGACUUCUGUGUGAAAUUCUGUGCUUUUCUGUUAUGUAUUUUUCUCAAUGAUUAUUGGCAUCUGUUCUCUUAGGACCUGGACCCUGAGAGAUAAAAACAUGUUGCUAUGACAUAUCAGAAGGUCAACCUAUGAAUGGUGUCAAAAAGUAUAAUAAAGCAACUUAAUGUUAUUAGCCAUAGUGCAGCAAUUUUCCAUACUACGGUUUUAGGUCCGGUCACAAAACCGGAUACGGGUCAAAAAUGAGCCGACCAGCGCUGGUCCGGCUGGGGUACGGGAGCGCCCAGUUUUCCCCUCCCCCAGCCGGAUCCGGCACCCAUACAGUGAAAACGAGGUGUGAAUGCAGCCUAAGACACACCUACCUAUGGACAGAAUGAGCUGAGCUUCACCCACAUACUAAAAUUUACAGAGCAUGGCAUCCACUCUCUGGCACUGAGGGGUGGAAAAAAACAAAAACAUUUCUUAUAAUAAAAGUCAAUGGAGGACAAAGGCUACUUUACUCUUCCUUUUAGUGGUACAAGUCAAGGUCUCUCUGUGUGUACCUCUGACCGAAGCAUGUAAGGGAAUAGGACAUUGCCUCAUAGCUGGGCUUUUUAACCUGUAGCUAGCUCUCUGGCUGUUCUAAACUACAAAUCGCCGUGCAGGGAUCUUUGGAGCCGCUGGAGAGCCAGAGAUUCAGCUGUCAGGGCAUGCUGGGAGUUGUAAUUUUGCAGUAGCUGCAGGCCACAUGGUAAUG